AUGGCCAUGUGCGAUGUGAUCGAUCUCGAUCUGGAGGAUUCUCAUUUGAGUUGGUCAGAUGAACUGCAAGAGGACUCGCCUCCCCUGGUCGACGCGGUCCCGGUCCAGCCGGAUGACACGCAGCUGCGGCAGGCCAUCAAGAAUUUGAUGCUGGGAAAGGAUCUCAGUACCAUCUCUUUGAAGGCUCUUCGUUUGGACUUGGAGAAGGGCUUUGGCGUGACGUUGGAGGCGAGGAAGAAUGACAUCCGGCAGCUGGCACAGGAGCUCGUCGUCGAAGCACAGCAUGCUCCUCCAGCACCGGCCACACCACAGGCUGUAGAGCCCGCCGCCAAGAAGCGUCGCAUCGGCGCGGGCAUGGUGCAGGCUCAGCCGGAGGCUCAGCCGGCCUCGCCGGUGAAGACCAAGGCUCCGAAGCGGAAGGCACCUCCCAGCGCCUACAAGCUUUGGAGUCUGGAGCACCGUGCCAUCGUGGAGCUGCAGCGCAAGUUGGGGUGCUUGGAUUGGGGGAGUUCCCGCGAUGUGGAGCUGUGGAGCCAUGUUGUCAGUCUGCAGCGGGAUCAGCUUGAAGUGCAUCGUGAGCCCACUUUCGCCGAGAUCAGCAAGGCAGUCCCUGAGAGAUGGAAGGCCAUCGACCAGGCCGUCCUUCGACUCAUCGACCACGCGCGGCACGGCUCCGCAGGGUGGGUGGUCAAAGCGGAGAAGGCCAUGUACGAAGAGAAGGCGAAGGUCGCCAAGGUGGCACAAGCUGAGGAGCUUCUUCCUGCGCGCUCCGCACGGGGUGGAAAAGCCCAGGGCGAGGUGCACGCCGAAGGACGCAAACCAGGGAAAGGGCGAGGGAAAGGCAAAGGGAAGAAGAAAGAUGGUGAGGAGCCUGUCAUGACCCGAGCAGACUUCUUCCGCCAGAGCCCGACCAUUCGCUGUGCCACUGGCCGUGCGGGUUUCAGGCCAGUGAUUCCUCGAUGGAGCUGGUGGCAAGGCAACGUGGGUGACCGAGUUGGGCAAGGCCUGGGCUAUUUCUCUGCGGUGAAGUUCCAACUGCCCAUGGGGGAGAAAGAGGUGACGGUGCAAGCUCAAGUGGUGAUGAAUGUGGCGGGUUCCAAGCAUUGGGAGGAUGGAGAAGGUUUUGAGGAUGCCUUGAAGUCCCUCGAGUUACAAGCCUCGCAGGCAGCACAGGCAAUGCAAAUCCAAGAUGCACCCUCUGGUGCUGAUGUGACAACAGCCGACACCGCUGUUGCGACGACGGCUUCUGCGGAUUUGACGUCACUCGGAUUGCUGCUCUCAGGCAAAGUGCGGAGUUGGAAGAGGCAGCGCAAAUCCAAGAUGCACCUUCUGGUGCUGAUGUGA